AUGCCAUCGCAUCCCUUCCAAAAGAGACUCCUCAAGGAAUACCGCGCCUUGCAAAAAGCCGAUCUUCCCGGAAUAGCCUUGGUUUCCAACGACGACAGUUUGACCUACUUUAUCUUCACGAUUGGCGUGCGCAACCAUGAUCUAUACCCCGACAGCUACUACUUAUCGAUCUAUAUAACACAGGAUUACCCCGUGGAUUCGCCCUCAGUUAAGUUCGUCACCACCACAACAGCGACAACUGGCACAGCGCCGAUACCUAUCCACCCGCAUAUUUACUCCAACGGGCACAUUUGUCUCAAUUUGCUUGGUGAAGACUGGACGCCCGCGUGCUCGAUUGAGAGUAUCUUGUUGAGCAUACAGAGCAUGUUGGAUACCAACGAGGUGAAUGAGAGACCGCCUGAUAACCUGCAGUAUUUAUUGCAUGCGCCUGAUGAUCCCAAGAAAUCGAGGUUCAUCUAUCAUGAUGAUAAUGUAUAG